CCUCAAUUUAUUGACGAUGUAGGUAAGUGAAAUCGUGCCUAGAUAUAGAGGUUCUUGUCGUAAUGCGGUUGACUCUAAAAAGUAAGGUGUGCAUACCAUAAGUGAAAACGAAAUUGUUUGUUGCUUCAGCGAAGAGAGUAAAAGUAAUCAGUUAUCCAAAAGACGCAACGUUUAAAACACAUAUUUGAAAUGCAAGAAAAAUGUUACCAACCAGAAUCAUAACCAGCCGCAAUCUUUUGCAUUUUCUACUUUUACCGAUCGGACGUCAACCUUGGAUUUUCUAUCUGAAAAUCUCUUAUAAAAGUAGAGUGUGCAUUUCAUGCCGUUAAUUCCUUUGGUGUUUAUAUUUUGUAUUCAAAGUGAAUAGUUGCGUGGUAAAAUGUAGAUUAAUUUUGUGUUUUUAAAUUAAGUUUUUUUUUCAUUCGUUGGUUAUUUUCGAUUCGAAACGAUGAAAGUGAUAAUCAUGGCUUUUUUGUUCAUGACGGUUCUGUGCGAUGAAAAACCUGGUUUAUUCGGAUCAGCACCGCUUUUAAUGAAUCUCAUAAGAAGGGUUACUUCAUCAACUAUAGGUGUUGUUCGUACAGGUUUAAACGUAUUCGAUACAACAUUAACAACAGUCGUAAAUGGCGCAAUGACCGUCACAGACAGGAUACGAAAAUUACUAGAAGAAUUCCGGAAAUACAUGGUUACCGGUAUUCCGGAGUUGGGGUUACCAAUUCUUGAUCCGCUCACCAUUCGCAAGAUUGACAUUAACAUCACGCAUAAAGAAUUGUCUUUGCAGGGUUACGUAGAAGAUGUUAGAGUUCGUCAUCUUUCAAAGUUCCGCUUGGACGACCUCAAUUAUGAUAUGCCAACAAAAAAAUUGGUUCUCAACCUCACUUUUCCCAACUUAGAUAUUGAUGGGUUUUAUGAUAUCACAAUAAAUGUGGGGCAAUCUUUUACGAUUUUUGGAAAAGGUCCUUUUUGGAUUAAACUUUAUCAAUUAUCGAUAGAAACUUUAUCGGAUAUAAGAGUGGACCCAAUGUCUUAUCCACCAUUUUAUGUUGCUUCGAUGUAUCUUCAUCCGAAAUUAAAAAAAAUAAAGAAUCAUUUUUAUGGUUUAAUGGAUAAACAAGAUCUCGAAGAUACUUUUAAUAAAGCAAUCACGAGAAUGGCGCCAACAGCUUUGGAUACUUUAUGGCCGGAAAUAGAACCGAAAGUUUCUAAUAUUUUGACGUCCGUUAUCAAUCGAAAAUUACAAGAUUUUCGCGUCAGUAGAGUUUUUGGGCGACUAUUUGAUAUGUUUAAGUUGAACUUUAAUCAAGGACGAAUUGAAGUUUCAAAUAUACAUUAAAAAAUGGUACAAAGUUAGAAUGUAAAAAAAGAAACAUGGUUGUGGUUACCAUAAAAAAGCUUUAUUUUUUGUUUAAGUUGAUAAAUGUAUUACGUAGUUGUACAUAUUGUUGUAAAAAAUAUAGAACGAUUAUAACUCA